GUCUAAAGAAACGGGUCAUCAUCAACAACACCGACGGACCGAGCGACUCGACUCAGUGAACUCCCCGUGCCUACACGUUUCCCGACGAAUCCUUGAAUCCUCCGAGUCUCCAUACAUUCUACAAUACUCCCCAGCGUACCGGCAUCUAACAUGGCGCCAAUCUUUGGUGACUCUUCGCGCCCCAAGAGGAAGAGUACCACUACCAACACGGCCGCCAACGGGGAGAAACCAGUCUUCGCGUUCAACGCGCCGAGUACCUCCGGGAGUAGCGGAUUCUUCAGAACGGACGCAUCACCUCUCGCGCAGCAUCGCCCCCAACAAAUGGAGGACGGCUGGGACAUGGGAGAAGAUAGGAGUGACGAGAGUCAAGUCGAGAUGGACGAUUCACGGGCGGAAUACGAAACUUCAGACACAGAAAUAGAGCUGAUCAAGCCGGAGUUUGUGGCUUUUGCGACCCGGCUGGAUGAUUCGGGGAUACUGCGACAACCAUUGACGAACAAUACCGAAGAAAGUGCCGCCGCCGCCUACGAUUUGAUCUCGACAUUUCAGAGCUACGCAGCUGUACUCAUGGAGGAGUCUGAGCGGGCCUUGGAGGAUAUGACGGACACCACGCUCGAAGAUCCUCGAGAGGAAUAUGACAUCAACGAGACCAAGGAGCAGGCGCGGUACUGGCAGCUUGAGCAUCAAACAUGGGAGCUUUUUGGGGCUCUUAUAUCGCAUCGUCUGUCUGUUGGCAACCGCCGCCACGACAUGAACUUGCCAGGCGACUUGGCAAACGACAGAUUCUCCAGCGAUGUCCGUAUUAGGGAGCAUUUCUUCGACGCAGACACAUCAUUUACGGAGUUGACCAUAGUGCUUGAGUGGUUACGCCGCUACUCGCCGGCGCCUACCGCCGACGAAAUCGAGGUUCCAGGACUUUACCGCGAAGGAGGAGGUUGGAUUUACACGAAGGAAGAGAUCAAGAAGCAAAAGCGGAUGAAUCAGAAUAAGCAGCUGUCGCUCUUUGGCGCUAGGGGUAGUGCUUUUACACCAGCAUCAUCGCAGAAUUAUGUCACCGAACUCGAUCCCGAUGCACCCAGUCGACAGGGACGACAGUUGGAAGAGCAGGACGAAGCAUGGGAACAGUACUUGAUGAAGCUAGUGUGGGGAUUCCUGAGGAAAGGAGAGAUUGAUACCGCACGUGACAUGUGCGAGGACGCCGGCGAGUUCUGGAGAGCAGCAAGCUUGAAUGGUGGGCUGGAUGCAUGGGAUCCUAGAAUUGACGGCGUCCGGGAGACGGACGAGGAGGAUUUUGCUGUCAAAGGAAACAGAAGGAGGGAGCUUUGGAAGCGGAUGUGCUAUGCUCUCGCACGUCGAAGGGGAGGCAAUCCGUAUGAGAAGGCUUCCUACGGAAUCCUGUGUGGCGAUGUGGAAAGUGUGUUGCCGGUGUGCACAACAUGGGAGGACCUCCUCUUCGCUCAUGUCAAUUCCCUUGUCGAAGGAUUCUAUUCGGCCAAACUCGCCGAGCUAUCCAGGAUUCCCGCGGCGGUGACACGAUUCCCUAGCUUUGAUGCCAUAGCCUACCAUACUCGGGGCUCUCUGAGCGACGAAACAAUUAUGCCUCGGAUAUUAGACGAAAUAGCUGCCAAUAGCAACGUCAAAGAAGCGAAGCUGCCGCUUCGGUCAAUUCAAGGCUCAUUGAUUUCCCUCCGCUUCCCCGCACUCAUACAGGAGCUCGCCAGACAACUGCGACAAUUCGAGGAGGUUCCAGACUAUGAUCCACAAAAGGAUGAUAUUCCGAUCGCCGUAGAUGCAACCGAUCCCCGGACGCUGCGUGUCGCCGUCCAUAUCCUCAUGGUUCUACAGGCUUUAAAUGCUGGUUCCGAAGAGGGCACAGCAUACCACGUGGCUGCGGAGAGGGUGAUUUCAGGAUACGUCUCUACUCUUGGCGAGUGCGAUAAGUUUGAGCUCGUGCCGCUAUAUGCGUCGCGCCUGUCACCGGAAAAGGCGAUCGCUAUAGUCGGUAAGACCUUGGUCCACUUCAAAGGCGAUGGUGCCAAGCGGGAGGAACUCAUUCAGCAAAUGCACCAUCACGGAAUCGAUGUGGAUGGAUGUCUGAAAAAGACUAUGGAAAUCUCGCUGCAACUGUCGGAACCCCACUACUCAACAUCAAUCGUUGACGGGGCAAAGAGUUUCAAUGGCUUCACUGGCGAGCUCCGACCAGAGGACCAGCAGCUCAUCAGCGGCUUGGAGUGGUUGAUGUUGGGUAGCGUCUCGCUACAGAGCGAGCUCGUUCGUGGGGCAUGUGAUGUUUACAAGCGGUUCCUGCUCACCGGGCGCUUGUACGCUGCCAAAACGCUUCACACCGACGUCCACUCGAACAGAGUCAUAUUCACUCGGGGUGCUAACGGACAUUCGGGCGAUCCGAUGGAGGAGAACGAAGGAAACGGCCUGGAUGACAGCGAGGAAACUCAGCUUCUGGUGGCUGUAUAUCUCGCCAUGGAGAGCCUUAUCGAUGCUAUGAUUGCUCUCGAGGAGUGGCGCGAAGCCCUUAAGAAUCUUCCCGAACGACCAGAUAGGACAACCGCCCGCAGACUUAAGCCUGUCUAUGACAAAGUGGUCAGGUAUCUCGCCCCCAUGGUUAAGGACUUCUGCGACGAGGAACAGCUCUUGCAACUCACCGGGAUUCGUCAAAUCCGUCAAAUUUACGUUCCUGAAAUGGUCAUUGCCUUGCACAACGUCUAUAUGGACGCCGGAAACUACAUCAACCCUAGCUACAUGAUGAACGCCCUUGAGCUUACGGCUGAGGUUGCAAACCCCGGAAAAAACAUCUUGGAUACGUUCAGGGAAACUGGUCGGCUGGCUGAGUACGUCGAUGUGAUUGCGGCUGCUAGCAGGACGCUCUUGGGCGCUACUCAAGAUGGGGCGAAGGAUUUGGUGAUCUGGGCUGUCGACAAGUAGGGCACCACUUGUAAUACCUCUGGCCAACGGUGACGCGGUGUGAAUUUCGGGGCUGUAUGUACUACAGAUAUGGACGCCGCACGGGAGUUUCAUAGGCGGGUAUACUUAAGUAGGCAUUUGAAUUCUUGAUCAUA